AAUACUUAUGACGCGACGCGGUGGGGAAAGAAGAAACCACGCGCUUCUAUCGAAUGGUCUCAGAGAGAGAGACCACUCCGUCUGUGCACAUUACAAGGAGGUAAACCUCCAUACUGCUCAUAAAAGGGAAAUAUAGAAAAAAAAAAAAAAAAAUUAAACUGCAGUCUUCGCGACGAAUAAUGUAAAAAGUGAUUGAUGGAUCUUCCUUUAACCAAGUGACCUCCUCGUAGAGAGCUUAUUCCGCGUCCGUUUAAACAGCAGACGCGGUUCAGCCUUCUCCAUACGGAAGCAAAAUGAAGGCAAACAUAGUGGAAAAAAAAAAGAAGAAAAAAUUGCAGGCAGUGCUGGGGGAGGCCAAGGGGGCGGAGGGCGAUGGGCUGGAAAAUGAAAAGAGGAAAGCGUCCAUUCAAAAUGGUAAAAACGAAACUUUCACUCGAUUUCUGUUCCCAAAAAACCCAAGAGCAUUCGCCAACCUGGUUGAGUUUUCUUUUGCGAAUGAGGAGUUCACGUCGGUGGAUCAAGUGGACCACACCGUCUUCCACCUGGACAUGAAAUCAUGCCUAGUGCAACGGGACAGUGAAGAGGGCAAGAAGCAGAUAGAGCUGGUGAAGAAGAAAAUAGAAAAGGCUAAUUCCUUCACGGUUUUGAAAGACAACGACUACGUCUAUCAUAAGCCCAAGAACUGCUUCGAUUAUAUCGAUAGAUACGCACAGACGGUCCCUGUCUCCUUCAAGGACGAAGCGACCAAGACGGAGCCGCAGGAAAUAAACGAAAUCUGCGACACGGUUUGCCAGUCGAUAAUCUACGACGCGUAUUUGCACGAGUUUCAGAAGGUCUCCAACGAGGAAGACAAGGAAAAAGACAGAUAUAAUGAAAACGCAAAAAAUGAAGACGACCGGGGGAAGAAGUACGACUCAAAUGGAGACCUCGGAUUGGACGCAGCAUCUGACGUGGGUUCAGGGCAUCUUUCCGACGAUGAGAAACUUGCAACGGUUCUGUUUUCAUCAGAUAGCUCCAGUAAUGAGGGCUCCGAUGAGGUCAGUGAAGACGACACUGGUAGUGCAGACAAAGGUAGUUGGAACAGCUCUGGGGGGGAAGACACUGGAGAGUAUGAUGUAGAGGAGGGGGAGGACGACCCUGAAAGUUACGAACAUUUGGUUGAACAGAAUGAGGGCAACACGGAUGCUGCUAAUGGUAAUGCUGAUGUGGACGACGCAAAUGACAACUGCAAUGGCGAUGAUGAUGUGGAGGUUAAACAGAUGAACGGGGAGGACGAUGAAGCAGGAGAAGUACGUAAGAAGGAUCAAAAUAAAGACGCCAAUGGUGGCGUAGAACCGAAUGAUGAUGUGAAGGACGGCACGCAGACAAGCACAAUGAGAGGAGCCAAUAACGGAGAGGACCCCCUUGAAAAGACAAAGACAGAUAUGAAAGGGGCACACAAAGGGAGAGUAAAAAUUGGCGAAAAGAACAACACACAACAGGGUCUCACCAAACAUGGGAUGAGGAAAAAAAAAAAGAAAGAAUCCUUCAGUGGGAAACAUGAACUAUAUUUUAUUAACUACAAAGACAUGAAGGAAAAAACACACAACGAGUUAAACUUCAUUUAUAAAGAUGGAAAAGUAAAAAAAAGUGAUGAAAAGAUUUUGCAAAAAAAACGUUUUUUGAAAACAUUAAAACUGAUGGACAGAAUAUACAACAAGAAUAAUGAAGAGGAAAUUUAUUUAAGUUACAAAAACAAAAUGAAUAAAAAUAUCCUAACGAAAUUGUGGAUUUUCUCAAUCCCCUUUUUCAAUCAAUUAGUUGUUACGGAUAUUAAAUUCCAUCCUUUUUAUGAGGAUUUAUUUGCCAUGUCAUUUAAAAAUAAUGACAUAAAAAUAAAUACAGGAAUAUUAUGUUGCUUUACGUUUAAAAAUACGAAAAGUCCAGAACAUGUUUUGAAAACAGAUUUUCCCAUUUAUUCGAUUGAGUGGUCAGCAGUUAACCACUCCGUCAUCAUCAUUGGACUGUCCAAUGGAAACAUAUGCAUUUAUGAUUUAAAAAAAAAAAAAAAUGAACGACUCAUAUUUGAAAGUAAUAUAAAACAAAUAUAUAACAGAGACAUCAUUUCACAGAUUUCUUUUGACAAAAAAAAUAAAUCCUUCUAUUCCAUAUCCUAUGAUGGAAAUAUGUUCUGUUGGAAGUAUAAUAACAAAUUUACUGUAGGGGAUAAAUUGCUGACGCUGAAAAAGGAUUGGGAGGACGACUUUAAGGAUGCCUUGAACUUUGUACAGACGCAAUCGAUCACGUGCAUCGAUUUUAACCCCUUCCAGAAGAACCUCUUUCUCAUUGGGACCACUACGGGGAAGAUAUACCUCUACUCCAGCACCUUCUCAGACAACCACCUGCGUCUCUACAAUGAGCACUCCAUGUCGGUGAAUGCCGUUUCGUAUAACCCGUUCAAACGCGGCAUCUUCAUUUCGGCGUCCUACGAUUGGACCAUUCGCAUAUGGGAUCAGGAGCGCUCACGUUCCCUCCUCGUGCUGGACAUCAAGGAGUGCGUGUAUGACGUUCGCUGGAGCCCCAUAGUGUCGACCUGCUUCCUGGUCAUCAGCUCAGACAACCAUGGCCACCUCCACAUUUACGACCUAAGCGUGGAUAUAAACAAAGCCAUAACCACGGAAGUCAUAACGAAGAAGAAGAAGCUGCGUAAACUUUGCGUAAACAAAUUUAAUGAAGUCAUCCUGAUUGGAGAUGAAAGUGGACUCCUCCACUCUUACAAAGUGUCCUAUUCCUUUAACACGUCCUAUGUGGAUUACCUGCGGGGCAAGCUGGGGCGCUCCUUCCAGGUCCAAAUGAUGAAUUCCUUCCUCACGAAGGUGCAGUAA